CAUCCAGUAUCUGUGACCAUGCCUCUGUGGACACCGUACGUUGAAGUUCCCUUGGAUUUGACAAAAGUGAAAGAAGAACGGCGGUCUCCUGUGACUCCAAUGAUUCCCGUGAAUCCAGUGAUUCCUGUGGCUCCGGCUCCUGUUGUUAACGCCGUCCAGUACCCGUACCGUCAGCAGUACCCGACUCCGUUGCCGGUGGUACCGCCUGGAUAUGCGGUUCCUCAUCCUCAGCCCGUGUACGUGUACCCAGGGUAUGGGUAUCCUCAGUACGGCCUGCCGUCGGUGCAGAUAUCGCCGGUGUCAGUUACAAGCGCUUGCUCAGGCUGCGAGCCCGCGCCGAGCCCCAGCUUCUACCGGCCACAAACUCUGUCCCCGCCAAAGACACCCCAGGCUACUUCCACACAGAAGCCUCAAAACUUCCUCGCCGAAGCAGACAUGCUCUCAGAAGACCCUGAAUUCCAAGCUUUUGAGAGAGACGCUCUGCGAGCAAUGGCGGAGAAAAAUGGCGGAACGCUGCUGGGCAACAACCCGCGCAUGCGCCGCGCCGUGCAGACCAGCCAAGCUGUCGAUGACUCGUACAGAAGGCAGCGCGAGCGCAACAACUUCGCCGCAAAACAGAGCCGCGACAGGAGGAAGCUGAGGGAAAUCCACUUGUCCCUGAAAGUUGCGUACUUAAAGAAUCAAGUGUCGAAGCUGAAGGCACAACUGUCUGUGUCGACUUGUGUGCGUUGCCAGCAACCGUGA